AGCGGGCACCGCGCGGGGCACCCAACCCGCCAACCCGCCAACCCGCCAACCCGCCAACCCGUCGGCGCUCAGCGCCUCGGCCCCGCAGCUGCCCUGCAGAACGCGCAACAUCUGGGCGUGCAACAUCUGGGCGUGCAACAUCUGGGCGGCUGGCAGAUAAACAUCACACGUGGCGAGCUGUGAAGGAGCGCUGACUUCUGCAGGGACCUGGAGAGGAAAGCACACGUCAGGAUCGUGACGGCCAAAGAUGCUACUCAAGUAAUUUCUGCUGCUGCUUUUGACUCGAAGCUCUUCAGAAACAUGGGAUGCAUGAAAUCAAAGCAGACAUUCCCGUUUGCGAACACGCUUGAGGCUGAGAAGAGGCAGGAGAGUAAGGAAAGCUUUAUAUCAGAAGAGAAAAUUCUACCUGCGCCGCCUACUCCAGAGAUUGUCCAAGAAGAAGUAGCAGCAGAACCCCCAGGGCCCAACGUUGUGGUCUGUGAGUUUGCAAACCGCCUGUCCCAUGAGAUCUUGACUGACGCCAUCCAGCAGUGGGCAAGCAAUAACCUCAAGUACCAUGACAUUCCCUACAUUGAGAGCGAGGGCCUUGAUGCUGCCAGCUGACUGUCUGGCCGGUGGUAUAGUGGGUGCUCGUGCAAAUACUGGAGACAAAUGCAAACAUUGGUAUGAACACAAUUGAAACUGUCUGAAUGUGAAAAAAAAAAGUUCAUGAUAACAAGAGUAUCGGAAUACCUACAAAGAAAUGUUCUAAGCAAUUUUAUAGUAACAGCAAUUUCUGUUUGGUAUUGGAUUAUGGUUUUUGGUUUUGUUUUUUUUUUUUUUUAAAGUCAGGGCUUAACAUAAGUCAUACCAUUUCUUGAGUAAUCACCAAAGAAAUAAAGUGUUCCAAAGAUUC